AAUGGAAAACACCAAGAGGGAUUAUCGUAAAACGGCGCGCUUAACGCGAGGAUUUGAAGCGCCAGACAAACGUUACGCUAUUGUUCCAAAUGUAGUUCCACAGAACGUUCCAUUGUAUCCGUUGAUAUUUUCCAAAGAAAACCCAUACGGAAUGCAGUUGACGAACUCAAUUAAUUCGAAUGCCUAUAUUCAGUACAACACGAAUUACCAGGACGCUUAUUCCACUAGAUGGAAAGUGUGCAGGACGAAUUAUUGUGCAACUCCAGUUAGUUGGAUAGCAGUGAGAGGAAAUACUCAAGUGAAAAAGAAUGCUCCAGUAAAUAUCAAUCCUGUAAAGACUGCUAAGCAGUGGAAAGUCAUUGAAACACCCGAAUUAGCUAGCAUUCCUGGAACACCUAGUGCUGAUUCGAGAUGGGCAAAAUUUAAUCGCUCUUCAAUCGAAUUAUCUAUGAAUGUUAAGCGAGGUCUUACAGAGUUUCCAGAAGACGAAGAAAUUAUGAAUUUAAUUAAUUCUAAUUUAUGGAGACAUAACGAGGAAUAUCAAAAUACCAUGAAAACUGAAAUGGCGAUACGCUCUUUACUCGAUCAAUCAUCAACUGACAUUGCUAAUAAUAUUAUUUACUGGCUUGAAAAUAGUAUAAACUCAAACAGUCGAGACACAAGGGAGUCAAAAUAA